GUCGAGACUCAUGCGGCAUGCCACCUCCUCCGUGCUCCAUAUCGAGCAGCCACAAUCCUCCAAUCCCACAAUCCUACAGCAUGCAUCCUGUUGAUCCUCGAUGCUCCGCUGCCCCGGAGACUCCUUCGACCAUCCCCACAUGCCACUACCCUACCCUGAAGCUAGUCUCCCCGCACACGUGCCAUUGCCAUGAGCCAUCCUCGAUCCCGGCUUGUUCCAUUUCCCCAAGAAGCCAUAGCCUGUGCCUUCGCGUCUGAGCUCCCGUUCUGUAACAACUGAUUGUUCAUGACAUGUGCUGGGCCAAUUCUGACUCCCAGCUCUCCUCCGAGAUCAGAUUCCCAGACUUGCCGAACCUCCGAGGCUCGAACUUGCAUCAUUCACAAGCUCUGACCCAUCGCCAUCUAAAGCUUCCCCUCGGCCUCUCCCCACCCCCACAUUCACUCACUCACUCACUCACUCACACACUAUCACGCACGAAGCUCGGUCUGGGGCCGAGGGUCGCCUGCGGCUCCGUGGCGGCUAUCUCCAAACUUCUGGGGAAAGCUCGCGAGCCGUUUGCCCUAGCUCCAUCAUGGCUUCGUGGUGCCCUUGCCGAAGGGGUGCCUCCGUUCCUCCAUUCCUCCAUCUGUCUCGCCUCCUUCCCGAGGCCACCCUCUAUUACGCCCACCCCUUCUGCUUUGAACAUUCAGAAAGAGUCACAGCUUACGACCAUGAUGCCGAUACCGGCUCACAUAGCUGCAGCCUGGGCUCAAGCUCAAGCUCAAGCUC